AUUAUUGAAAUAAAUACAGUUGAAUUUGGAUAAUAACGAGAAGUUGCUAUUAAAUAAGGUCGUAUGUAAAGUAUGAGAGUACUGAUGAAUAAGGAAUAAAGUUUUGAUGUUUGUUUUCGUAUAUAAAUGUAUAAGUUUGAAUAUAUAUUUGGAAAAUAAAUUAGGAAUGAAUUUUAUGUAAAUGUGAAUAGAGUAAUGUUUAAUCUAUAGAUUAGUGAGAUAGUCUAAUGGUAAAAAGGGAGAUAUAAAUGUUUAGUAGGUGAUGUUGAGAUUUAAAUAAAAUAAAUAAAAAUGAGCUUGAAUAAUAUUUAUAAUGUAGUGGAGGAGGCAAUGGAUAAGUUACUGGAAUACUUGAAUUAAAAUAAACAUAUAUGUUAGGAUUACAAUGUGUAGGAAGAUUUCAGAAUGAAAUUUAAGUAGAUGGUGGAAGAUUGUAAAAAUUAUUAGAGUGAGUAAACGGAAGAUGAUAUGAGUGAAUUAGAUUUUUAUUUAUAGAAUCCAAUUAAUAGAAAAAGACAUGGAUCUUUUAGAGUAUUCAAUCCAUUAGUAUUUUUGGCAAAGGAGAUAAGAAAGCAUGAGAAAAUUUGAUUUAAUAUAUAAAUAUAUAUAUAUAAAUAAUAUAGUUG